AUGAAGCAGGGAUCUGAAGAUUCUGACUCCUACCGUCUAGUCGUCUUGGGCUCUACGGGUGUGGGCAAGUCAGCUCUGAUAUCCAUGUUCCUUAAAGGUGACAUCGAAAGAACCUACAAGCCAACGGUAGAUGACAUUCACAUUGGCUACGCGUGGCAGGGCCGCAAGAAGUGUAAACUGGAAAUCCUGGAUACAUCGGGAAGCUAUGAUUUCCCUGCCAUGAGGAGACUGUACAUCUCCACGGGUCACAUAUUCCUCUUAGUACAUUCUCUUCAAGACCCGAAAUCCUUCGAAGACGCUCUUUGUAUCCUCGAACAGAUCCGGGACGAACGCACAGAACAAGACGUGCCAAUCCUUGUUGUCGGAACCAAAUCGGACCAGAAACGCCCGGGUUGUGUAAGCAGUGCCGAGGCGGAGCUCAGACUGAUUGACUAUAUGGAUGUCGUCAGGUACGUGGAAUGCAACGCCAAAAGCGCAGACAGCGUGAACAGUCUCUUUAAACAAGUCGCCAAUGUGGUGUUGAACCCACGAGACCGGUCCUUAUCUUUGCCGGUGGAAACGGACUCACAGCCCCAGAAACGAUCCCUGUCAUUCUUGAGAAGACUGAAGAGUAUUCGCCGAAGUUGA